ACGUCUGUCUCUACACACGUUGAACGAAGUCGCUCGACCUACGUCGAGAAUGGGCGGGCAGCGAGCGUCGUUCUACUACUAUGCCCAGGGCACGGAGAUGGUAGAUCACUGCCGCGCGCCGCCGGCCGGAGAUUGAUGCAAGACCGAUUGGUCGUCGUCGACGUCGUAGUACGUAUAGUCGGCGCUAAUAAAUAGACUCAAGUCCACAAGGCGGACCGGUAGUCUUUGGAGCACAGUGCGAUAGUGAAGAUCUUGCAGAACGAAAUUGGUGAAAGCAAACAGUGUCUGUAGAAGGGAUUAUUCAGAAUAUUGCAGCUAAGCAUAGAACAUAAUCAGCAUUUGUGAACUUAAGAGAAGCACCAUGGUGAAUGACAUGGUCAACGACAAGAAACGCACCUACUGCGUGAUCGGAGCCGGAACUGCCGGGCUAUGUGCUGCACGUCAUGCGCUCCAAGCCGGUGGGGAGGUGACCGUAUUCGAAAUGGCCAGCCAAUUGGGAGGCACCUGGGUGUUCAACGAGCAGGUGGACAAGAACGAGUACGGCAUCGAUGUUCACUCGAGCAUGUACAAGGGUUUGAAGACCAAUCUGCCGAAGGAGAUCAUGGGCUAUCCGGAUUUCCCCAUUCCGGAACAGGAAAGCAGUUACAUCCCAGCGGAGGAUAUGUUGAGGUUCUUCAAAUAUUUCUCGGAUUUCUUCGGAAUUACGGAGUGCAUCAAAUUCAGUCACUACGUGAUCCGAGUGAAACCCACGAAGGAUGAGAAGCAAUGGGAGGUGAUUGUUCGAGAUUGUCCGAACGAUGAGUUCAAGACGUACUACUUCGAUUACGUACUGGUAUGUAAUGGACACUACCACACACCGAAGUUGCCGAACUAUCCCGGAUUGGGUGUAUACAAAGGCAAGCAGAUGCACAGCCACGAUUAUCGCUGCAACGAUCCAUUUGUCGGUGAAACCGUACUGGUAAUUGGAGCAGGUCCUUCAGGUAUGGAUCUUGCCUACGAGAUUUCCAAGAAGGCCGAACGGGUUACCUUGAGUCACCAUCUCAAGGAUAAGCCCAAAACAGUCUUUCCGGACAACGUAACGCUGAAGAAUGAUGUUGCUCGUUUGACCGAAACUGGAGUAGUUUUCACUGAUGGCACAUCCCAGGACUUCAGCGUGAUUUGCUACAGCACUGGGUACAAAUACACGUUUCCGUUCCUGAGCUGUGACUGUGGAAUUAUCGUGGAAGACAACUACGUUCAGAAACUCUACAAACACUGUAUCAACAUCCGCUAUCCAACGAUGGCGUUCAUCGGGUUGCCCUACUACGUGUGCGCAGCCCAGAUGAUGGACUUGCAGGCUCGUUUCUGCAUCAAGUUUUUCAGUGGAGAGAAGCAGUUGCCAUCGCAGGAGGAAAUGGAGAAGGAUACAAACACAGAGAUGGAGGAACGCUGGAGUAGGGGUAUGAAGAAGCGUCAAGCUCAUAUGAUGGGACCGCAGGAAGAUCGUUACUACGAUGAUUUGGCCAGGACUGCAGGUGUGGAUCCCAUCAAGCCGGUCAUCAAGAAGCUACACAAAUUGUGCGCGUUCCGAUUCAGUGAAGACUUAGUCAAUUUCCGAAAAGACAACUUCAGAAUCAUUGACGACGAGACUUAUGUGAAGGUCAACUGAAGUGAUAUUGUAGGCUAAAAACGUAAGUUCAAAUGUAAAUAUAUAGCUGUAGUUCUAUAGAUUAGCUUGUUAUUAUAAACUAAAUA